GUACUUGAUAAUACUCCGAUAUUGGUUUUUAUAAUUCGAUCACAAAUGUACAUUGAUCAAAUCUGAACACACGUGUCUCAUAGCAUUAAAAUAAACUGCCGUAAACCGUGGAUAUUUUAUGUGAAAUAUGGCCGUGAAGUUUAAGUUAUUUUGAAAUUGUGUCUUUAUAUUUUUGAUUAACCGACCUUGCAUGCUCGAUAGGUUUCAAAUUGUUCAAUACGCGCCUUCAGGAACUUUGGUUCCAUACACUUAAUGGACCAUGGGUUAAAUUCGUAGCCUAUAUGCACUUGUGUAUGGAUUUACUUCAAGACAGCUGAAAUGGAUUUUAAGUGAAAAACAUAAUUCUCACAUCAAAAUGUCGAAUUUUACAGAAGGGAAAUCCCUCAUCAAGAGGUCCCGGCAGUUUUUCAAAAGUUCCCUCAUUUUACACCUGAUAUUGGCCGUUCUAAUGCUCGGCAGCGGUAUCGUCUCCUUGACUUUAUCAUAUGGAUCUAACGGGUCUGCCAGGAUCCCUUAUUACUUCACCGCAUACUUUGCGUUUGCUUGGCACGCUUCGUUCAUCCUUAUCUGUAAGGUCUGCCUGUUUUAUCUCGACGCUGAGGGACGCCGCUGUAGCUCCGCGGCACCAUGGGUCAGAGCGUAUUCUGUCAGCUCAUCCGUACUCGUCCUGUUCAACGUCAUGGGCGUCGUUUUCGUCGUUGUUAACGGCAUUUGUUUAGAAGGCCAGAUGUGUUUCUAUGACAAAAAUGAAACUGCAAAUAGAGUAAUGGCAAUAUGGCUAAUAAUUCUCCACUGCGCUUCCAUCUUAAUAAACGUCUUCCUUGCCAAACGCGCUCACGUCAUAGACUCUCAGUUAAAUCACGACGUUUCCGUUAAACUGAACCAACCUCUUGACUGGUUACAUCGACGUAGCCGUAGAAGUUCGAUGACGUCAGCUUUGCCGUCAUGCGAGUCUUCUAUUGGAUCAGCAGCAAGUUUGAGUGAAACGUCGAACAGAACGGAAACGCCAAAUUUGUCUCAAGUGCAGACGUCAAAAUCGGGAGUCGUCAUGACAACCGUUGAGAUUUCUGCAAAGAGGUUCACCAAAACGCAUCGUCGGUCGAAGUCCCAUCCAAACAUGGUACGCAAUAUUGACUUUAAACCCGACCCAUCCGAUGGCACAAUGGUGCCGAUUUUUUCGGACACAGAGAUGAGACAAUCAGAGGAGAAGAAAAAGAAAAAAAUAGGGCUUUUUAGGAAGAAAAAGAACAAAAUCGAAUCGGGAUCUGUGCAUGUGCAAAAUCAGCCGAGCAUGUCAAAAUCAUCACGUGUACGUGUGCAGCAGCCGACGAGUCCUAGACUGUAUCAAAAUAAUUCUGAUUCUGAGGACGAUAUUCUAGUUGUGCAACCAGUCAAAAACAAUGAUGGCGACAUUCAUGAAACCAAUGCCAAGAUACUCCUUUCGGAGCAGCGGAAACUGCAGGAAAAGCAAGCGCAGUUAUUGGAACAGCAGCAACAGUUAUUAGAAAGGCAGCAGCAAUUUAUAACGUCACCGGCGAUUCAAGCAAAUGUACCCCCUCCCCCGUAUCAGAGUUGGCUUGAUGGAGAAAAUGAGGGUGAUAUAGAAAAAAUAUAGGACUUGAUGAUAACUUUCGGAGCACCUCGGCCAUUUUCAAUCGAAAACAAUAUCUGAUGUACGCCGGUACAUCAGUAGAAGUAGUUCGUAAAGUUUUAAAUAAUAGUUUUAAUUAAGUGUAGUGUUUUAACUUGCAUUUUGUUUAACUUAGUUUAAAUUGAUUGUCAGUGCAAUAAGUAAUUGCAGACAUAAUUAAGAUUUCCCAGAGUAAAGGCACUAAGUUUUACUGCUAAAUUGAAAUUACUACGCGAUCAACUUUCAGCGUUGUUAAAUGUUAAGAUUUCUGGCAUUGUAAACCGUCAUUAAACAUCGGGGGUUGUUAACGAUGGAAAAUGGCCGAGGAGUUCCAAUUGGAUGAUAAAAUGUACGCAGUAAAAUACUCAGGUGGACACAAAAGAAAGCGAAAGAGGCGUUACUAGAAUACUUUCUUUGCUAACUAGUCCAUCAUUAUAAUACUGCAGGACAGGGUUGUUUAUAUCAGGGUAUUCCACGUAUUGGUCAUAACACCCUGGACUGCCAUGAAAACACAUUUUGAAUGAAAAAACCCAAUAAGUGUCCAUAUUAAGAUAAGGAUCUCAUAUGUAUCCGUCCAAAUUUAGAAUAUAUAUAUAUAUAU